AUGGAUACCAAGUCAGGGCCGCCACCAAACUACUACGCAAUUCUCGAAGUCCCCGAGAAUGCGACGCAAGCUCAAAUCCGCAAUGCCUACAAACGGGCGGCCCUAAAAUGCCACCCCGACCGCCUGCCCGCCAACCAUCCUGACCGACCCCAAAUGACGCGCCGCUUCCAACUCGUCAAUGACGCCUACUACACCCUCUACGACCCUGACCGGCGCCGCGAGUACGACGCCCAACGCCACCUCUGGUCCAAAUCCUCUUCCUCCUAUGCCCGCAGCACAUCCCAAACUAAGCCCAGCGCCACCUACGACCCCUUCUCCGAAGCCGAAGCCAACGCACCUCCACACCCGGGGGAGUCCUUUUUCUCAUGGGCAUUCAACUUCUUCAACGGUCGCAGCCGUACUUCAUCCGAGUACGGAGAUGACCCUGAGACGGCGAGACAAAAGGCAGAAGACGCCCAAUUCGCGGAUGUAUUUGAGGAGAUGUUACGCGAGGAGGGGAUUAGCGAGGAGGAUCUGGCCAAGGAUGCUAACAAACAGGGAGGGGGAAGUAGUUUGUGGAGUAUCAUUGGGACAAUUAGUGGCGGUGCGCUGGGAUUCAUUGUGGCGAAUGGGCCGGGAAUGAUUGCGGGUGCUGCGGCGGGGAACAGGCUGGGUGCGGUCAGGGACGCAAAGGGGAAGAGUGUGUGGGAGGUUUAUCAGGAUCUGCCGCCCGAGUCGAAGGCCAAGUUGCUUAGCAUGCUGGCUGUUAGAGUGCUCAGUCAUGCGGCUGGGAUCUGA